CUUCACUUUGCAACGAUGGCCCGUAUGUGCAUAGCUAUAUUUGCAACAGUCAUUGCGACUGCAUAUGCAACAUUUGAUGAUUUCCAAGCAUUUGAAGCAGUGCAGCUGUACAGAGCGAGCGCUGAAACUGCCCUACAAGCCUGCGGGGCAGAUGCGUCAUGCGUCUCCGACCGUGUAGCCACUCGUGUCCUCGAGAGCCUCUCCUCGCUCCCUAUCCCCACAGUGGAGGCUGUCUACAACCACGUCCUCGGCAAAAAGGAUGUCUUUACAGUCUCCCAAUAUAUUGACUCCGUGUACCUGAAAAGGCUGACGAUACAGUUUGGUAGCGACGUGGCCAAGCUGAACAACGUCCUGAAGGCGUUCUUCAACACAACCAUCACAGCCUACUACGACGACGUCACCAACAGCGAAAAGACGUUUGAGGAGGUGGCCUCAGAUUUACUCCGUCAACUGCGGCGUGAGUUAAAGGUCUGGGAUGGCAAGGCUGCAGACUUCUGGAACGCCAUCAACACUUUGAGGGCAUACGGCAGUCAGGAUGUAAUGCAAGCUCUAGAGGGUUAUACCAAGAGAACAAUCAUACAGCUCGGGUUCGAGGGUGAGCAGUCAACUUUCUGUCGGAGCCUCCUGGAUACAGCGACAUCACUCGGCAACAUCGACGGGUUCCAUUAUCUGCAGACCCUCAUUACACAGGCCUGCACAGGAGCCAACAUCACACAGGACGGUUCGGGCGAGACUAUUGUACUGGGCUUGCAGACAACGCCGACAACGGAAGCAGUGCCUAGCAGUACAUCAACCGCUAAUCCCCAGCCCAACACUACAACAAAGAAGCCCAGUUACAACGGAAAGUGUGGAAGCAAGUUUGACCCGACCGUGUCCAGGCAGUUGAGAACCACCCUGGUGUCACUCCGGGUCAUCAAUGGGCAGACGGUGGCCAAGGGGGAGUACAAGUUCCUGGCCACCCUCAUGAGGAGGGGUGGGGUCAUCUGCACAGCCAGCAUCAUUGACCCAACACACAUCCUGACGGCAGCUCACUGCACAGAAGGUUCAACAGCGAGUGACCUGUCUGUGGGUGUGGCCGAGUUUGACAUCACUCAGGUUGAUGGGGAGAAGGUAUAUCAGGUGGAGAAGGUCACAAACCACCCACAAUACGACUCCAGAAAAGUCAUCAACGACAUCUCCAUUCUGACGUUGACUCAGCCCAUCGCUGGCGUGCCUAACGCAGAACCUGUUUGCCUCCCUCGAUGGAAGCAGUGCAAGACUAUAUCCAACCGAAAGUGCGUUGUAGCUGGAUGGGGAGCCAAGAAGAUAGUGGAUAAUACUCGUAAGAGUUUUGAAGUGCACGCCUGA